AGGAAUGCGCCUCCGCCGCCGUCGGCAACCUGGUGCGCGUGUGCGGCGCCGACAGGACUGCGGCCGUGACGGCUGGGGCCACGGAGACGCUGCUGGCUGCGAUGCUGGCGCACGCCUCGGCCCAGAGGCUGCAGCUGCUGGCCGUGUCGGCGCUGGCGCUGCUCUGUUCCGAAGGGGCUGGCGGUGUGGAGCGCCUGGCGCUGGCGGGCGGCGCCGGUCCCAUCGCCCGGGCGCUGAGCGAGGACAUCGGCGACGUGCGGUUGCAGGAGCUUGGUGGCUUCAUACUGGCCAGCCUGGCAUGGAGCGGCGACGCUGGGAGGUCAGAUGUGGUGGCCGCUGGUGGUGCCGAGCUGGCCCUGCGGGCGCUUCGCAGGCGCCCUGGCAAUCCUUCGGCGCACGCGGCGGCUUGCAGGAUCCUGGAGGCGGUCUGCGCUGGCAGCGAGGACAUUCAGCACCUGGCAGCCCUGCACGGAGGCGUGCAGGCGCUGUUCGAGGCGAUGUUCGACCACCCCGCCGAGGAGGCCGUGGUCUCGUCCGCGCUGGCUGCUUUGCGCCUCAUCGUGAGCGGCGAUCAACAGAGCUGCGCCGUGGCGGAGGGUCUGGGCGGCUUCGAGCUGGUGCUGGGGGCGCUGCGGGGACACCCUUGCUCAGUGAACGUGCAGUUCCACGGGUGGGGGCUGCUGCAGGUGCUCGCCGAGAGUGCGGCUGGGGGCUGGGUGACAAUCUCCGCCCUGGACGGCGCCGAGCCAGCGGUGAGCGCGUUGCGAACGCACUGCGGCUCGCCCGACGUGCAGGAACGCGCUUUGACUACCUUGGCGAGCCUCGCGCACGACACGGAGAGCAGCAGGGCUGUCGUUGUGGCGCUCGGCGGCGUCGAGGCGGUACUGGAGGCGCUGGGUCAGCACAUAUACCACGAGCGGUUGCAGAAUCUGCAGCCAGUGGUGAAGACUGGUGCAGGCGAGAGGCAUCUGCAGCUUUGGCAGCAGCGACUCGGCGAGCCCACCACGGAGUCGGCGCUCUCGAACGGCUUACCUGUCCCACUGGAGCGCUUCCGAAUGCGCUACUUCAGCCACAAGUUGAGCUACGUCAAUCAGGGGUUCUCGUACUUUGACCAAGCCGCGGAGCCGCCUGUAGACCUACAGCGGGGUAGGCCACUAAGAGACGGCAUAAACCAAUUUGAUGCUACUAUCUAUGGCAGAACCUCCAACGUGGUCUCCAAUAUCACUUUCUCCAAGUGCGCGGACUUCAGGAUCACCGAGGGCACCGAAUAUUUCCCGGCACAGAACGCAAAGCGAGUAUUCCAGCUCGUGUAA